UGCCCGCCCACUUUGGACUUUGGCGCCAUUGAUUGAUUGACGCCGAGUCAAACAUCGUCCACCUCACUACAAUACCCUCUAUUCACACCGACCGUCACCAUUCUCAGAGCUGUAGAUGUCGUCGCUUGUUCAUGAGGUCGCUUGCUGCCUCCAGACAGCCUUCGACCAUUGUUAGCGAAGAUGCUCAGAUAUCGUUACUACCUGCCUUCCGCCACUCUUAUUACUUUGGACGUAGCGUCUAGCUACCUCACUUUUCGCACAUUGCGUGGAUGAACCGUAGCUUCACCACUGUUGCACAACCAUGACCCGAUCCAGUGGCCCGAACGCCAUGUCGAGUCAAAAUAUCAUUCGUUGUCUUGUCGACGACACUGCCUUGACCAGGAAUACCGGGGAGAUUGAGAACUGGGUUUCGCAGGGCAAAAUCAUCCUGGUGGUGCCUCUCUACACGAUUGAGCGCCUUCACCUGCUCAAAAAAGAUUCUUCGUCAAUCGGCGCAAAUGCGCGCAAAGCCGUCAAGUUUCUCGACCGGUUUACGUCCUCUCGAGGCGACCUGCGACACGAUCCAGUCAUCUUGCAGGGUCCUGAUGAACAGUACGCAACCUGGGCCGAAGUGGAAGCACGCUACACCAACGAAAACCUCAAGACUGCCGGUACGACCGAGGAAGAAACAUCGCUCUCGGGAAUGGACAAGAAACAAGAGAAGGAUGCUGAACUUCCUCUCAAGGGAAGCACUGGAGCUGCAGGCACACUUUCGCAGAUGUUGUUGGACAGACUCAAUUUCACAAAAGAUCCGGCCGCAACCUCGCCUACCUCCACGCCGCCCUUGUCUCCUGCAUCUUCCGGACCGCAAAGCUCCAAGACCAGCCCAGAAGUCAAAUCUGCCGUUAUGGUCGCUCAUGAUCAGACCCCUGUGCCACCAUCGCUCAAGCCGCUGUUGAACUCGGUCGUCUGGUAUGUCCAUGAGAAGACAUUGCCGGCCGAUCAGGAUGUGCUGUUCCUCACCAAUUCUCCGGAUACUAUGCACUUGGCUCGAGAUUUCGGCGUUCCAACCAAGAAUAUCCAUCAGCUGAGAAGUGCUCUUGGAGUGGAAGAACCCGAGUUUAAAGUGCAGGAAAAUCCUAAAAAGGAGGUCAUCACCAAGAGAGGUUCACGCUCAGAACAAAAGACAUUGUUUAGCUACGAGGAUGAAGACAGCGACGCUGAAGAAGUCGUCUUCAAGCCACGAGGUCGAGGCGUCACCCGCGGGGCACCAUCUUCUCGAGGAUCUGCGGCAGGGUCUCUACGCGGUGAUAAAGGCGGACACGGCCGAUCUCCCCGACUUUCGUUCAGCCAAUCUGCUCAACCAGCACCCAACAAGCCUCAAAUUCCCAUCGAGGAAAUUGACCCAGAUUCAUUCGAUCGAGGCAGUUUUGGUCGAGGCAGCACUCCGCUGGUCAACACCGGCACUUACGGUCCCAGCCAGUUCAACCAUGGUCGUGGCUCAGGAUAUCGUGGAAACCACGGUCCAGGAGGUCGUGGAGCCAAUCAUACUCGCGGUUCUGGACGUGGUGGUGAACGUGGAUCGGCCCGCGGUAGAGGUCGAUUGUUUGUUCCAUAAUCCGAUCAGGAUCGGUCGCAUAUUCUCUAUUGCGACGACAAACACACUACCACAAAACCGUAUCGGUUGGCGUAUUGGACCCAUCGUGCCGUGAAACUCGACAGCUUCAAUAUUGAAGCAAUACAGCAGUGAGGUUGACAGAUGAGGUUCUACCUUCUUCGCGGUGCAGUCACUCACAAACACAACCGGCGGCACAAUCGGAGGCGUUGGCUUGCAAUCGCAAUUCCACGGCGUCUGUUCCCACGACUUGGAGUCAUUUAGCACGUUUAGCACGCGGUUGGCACGCUUUGACAAGCAAAUGUUCCUGCGGGCAGCGAAAGGGAUUUGGCAAUUCCGGAGAACAUGAUUUUGCAAGUCCGGAUAACAUGCUUUGGCGACGUCGUCGAGAGGUGACUUUAGGGUCACCACUGACACACUUUUGGCUGUUCAGUGGUUGGCGGGAGAUUUACCGAUUCCCAAAUGGUUCCCCCCAACACUGCAGGCUGCAUUGCAUUCUUGCUUGGGCAAGGUUUCAUUCUUUUGAUAUUUGUUAUUGGAUUUUAGUUCUUGAGGCAUGACAUGAACGGGUUGCUGUUAAGGACUUGUACCCAGAAAGUUCAAGGUGUGGUCGUCCAUCAUGAUCAUUGGUAUCAUCAUCAUCAACUGGACUCGACCGUGGGACGGAAUGGGUACGUCCAACAGAGGAGAUGUUUGCAGCAGCUCGUCAGGUCAGGUUCUCGGGGUUACACUCGUUGAAUGGGUUAUGCUAUUUCUUUUGUAGUGCAAUAAAAUCGCAUUGGUUAGUACAGUA